UCAGUCUUUCUCUCACACCACUUUCAUCGCGUCGUCAUCAUUUACCCUACGCCCUCCGCCCUCCUGCCGACGGUCCCGACCGGCGCCGGGCGACGCCUCGACACCGCACCCGCACGCCGCCCCCGCGAGUGGCGCCUGUACCUCCCAGCGUCGCACCCGCGCGCCUCGUCGCCGUCGCCCCGUCGGCACCCCGCGCCGCCCCACGCACUCCUUCUCGUCGCCCCGUUAGACAAAUCUAUCAUCUGCAUCAGAUCGGACAGUCCACAUCGAUCGCUACUCUUUCCUUUUUCUUUGCCCUGUUAUAUUUCUCCUUUCGCGCUCGCGCAAUUGACGCCGUCCACCCCUCCACCGCCUCAUUGCGCCAUCACCUACGCGGUCCACGGCGCCGUCGCCUCGCCAUCAUCCCCGCCGCCGCCGGCCUCUUCAUCCCCGCCGUCGCCGAGCCGUCCUCUCCAUUCCCGUCGUCGCCUCGUCGUCCUCUCCAUCCCCGUCGCCUCGCGGUCCCCGGCGCCGUCGCCUCGCCAUCACCCCCGCCGCCGCCGGCCUCUCCAUCCCCGUCGUCGCCUCGCUGUCCUCUCCAUUCCCGCAGUCACCUCGCUGUCGGCCUCGCCGUGCCAUCACCCCAGCGCCUCGCCAUCCCCGCCGCCGCCGUCGCCACUUGCAGGUUAAGACCAUAAGAGGUUCUGAUUGUUGUUCUAGGUUUCAAGCAUAUCAGCAUAUCCUCCUCAAUUGCUCACAUAUGGAACGUAUAUUAGGAGUUAGGACAAUAUUUAAACGAUGCCAACAAUAUAAUUAGGUCCUUGGGUUCUUGUUUUGAACAACAUGAAGGACGUGCUGUUGUCUGAGUUUACGUUAUUGUUUGAAUUAAUUAAUUUACUUAUGUUUAUCCAGGUUUUUGUUGUUGUUUGUUUUGAUUUUUUCUGUAUCUUUGUGGAAUUUAGUAUAUUAAUUCAUGUUUGUAUUUGGUAGCCCCGAUGGAUAAAGAGAAGUUUCAGUAUAUGAGGUCUAAACAGAAUUGAGGCACUAUCCAGUUUUGCUUCCAGCUGCUAUACUGGUAUCUGAAGCCUAAAUAUAAUGGUGCCACUGGGUAUUAAACCACUCUCUCAAAUUUUAAAAUACCUUUUGGCCUUUUAUUCAUCUACAGUCCACUAUUCACCAUUUCACCCCUUCAAACAGAGAUGUUAUUACACCUGAAAAAUUCAGUUUUGGUCUGGAUGGAUGUCUCUGGGCGGAUUUUACUUUGUAUGACAGGUAAAAUGUAGUUACACCUCUGCUGAGAUAAUGGUCAUCCCUUUUCUUUGAACAAUUCUGAGCAAAUGGGCUAUUGGAUGAAGUUAGCAACUCUUGAAAUGUUUAGCACUGCAGGCCACUUCUCCUACACUGCAAUCCAACUUGCUUUCACUACAUUAGUAUACCCUGCACUGAUUUUGGGAUACAUGGGCCAAGCUGCGUCGCAACACCAAGCUCUGGACUCAACAUACCAAAUUGGGUACUAUAUCUCAGUCCUAGAAAGUGUAAGGUGGACUAUGCUUGUGCUGGCAAUUUUGGCAUCGGUUGUUGGAAGCCAAGCAAUCAUCAGUGGAACAUUCUCCAUCAUCAACCAGAGCCAGUCCCUCAGUUGCUUCCCAAGAGUGAAAGUCGUGCACACAUCUGAGAAAAUCCAUGGCCAGAUUUACAUCCCUGAGAUCAACUGGCUGCUCAUGGUCCUCUGCAUUGAGGUGUGACUGUCGGAUUUCGCGAUACCAAGUAUAUGGGAAAUGCAUCUGGUUUCUGUUGUGAAUCCUGCAAUGGAGACAACAUUAGGAAUGAUACAGAAGUUUGCAUCUGAUGUCCGUGAUGGAAAAGUACCACAAAAUAGAUCUCGUAACCUAAUGCUCUUCUUUCGUAUGGAUUUAUCUAGGCUUGUGCAGCAGAGGUUACAAUUGAGCCUUCAAGAAUCAAUAGCAUUCUUAUGGCAAAGGGUGAUACGAGGGCGAAGCCAGGGGCCGUGAAGCUAUCGACUCUUGAUGAAAGCAGUUGGCUACAGGUAAAGGGGUACAUGAGUUAGGAGCUUAGGAUUGGGAUCUUAUACUUUUAUUUUAUGUUUAGAUCAUUUCUGAUAAAAUAUUGUUCCAUCAAGAACAAAUUCCAAUGGAUCAGGAGCCCUUUUAUCAAUUUUGACAUGGAAGUAUGCAACUGACAUUAUUUUGACGGACUGACUUUUUCGUCCGUAACUAUGUUUAAAGCAUUUAUGAUUUCAUUUAUAAUUGUAUUCACAUCUAAGUUUAUUCACGUGGCAUAAUCAUUGGCUGU